UUGGUGGUGGAGUGUUGAAUGGGCAAAGCUGCUCUGAAGAUGGAGUAUAUAAAGAAUAGAGGUGCUUGGGUUCCGCAGAAGGAAGUGUGAAGAAAAGAACAAUGGCCAAAUUAAGCCUACUGUUUGAAUUGUCAUGCAUUUUCUUGAUCUUGUUUCCUUUAUUCAGCCCUUGUCUUUGUUGUCCUCAAUAUCAGAAAGAAGCCCUCCUCCAGUUCAAGUUUUUAUUGUUGGGAAACACUUCCUUGUCAAGUGUGAAGCAUCCAAUUUCCGAGUCAUGGAACCUCAGUUCCGAUUGCUGUCAGUGGGAACGAGUCACCUGUGAUUCGAAACAGCAUGUGACUAUUCUUAACCUCUCCAGCCUCACUUCAUCAUUAAGCCAGAAAUCUGUUGUGACAUCUGAUGUUUUAACCCCACUCUUUCAUUUACAAACACUCACCUCUCUUCACAUUUCUCUUAAUGAUAUACAUGGCCAAAUUCCAGGGGUUGGGUUUGCCAAUUUAACUGAACUUGUCGAACUGAUUAUGGUUGAAAAUAGUUUUAAUGGUUCCAUUCCUCCUCAGUUGUUUUCUUUAAGGCAUUUGGAGAAGCUUGAUCUUGGUCAUAAUUUGAUUGCGGGUACAUUAGGCAGCAACUUGGGAAAUCUUUCGAAUCUGAGGGAGUUGCGCUUGAAUGAUAACUUGUUCCACGGACAGAUUCCUAAGCAGAUUGGUCGUCUGGGUGAGUUGUAUUUAUUGGAUUUGGGAUAUAAUUUUUUCUCCAUGGGGAUACCAACUGAGAUUGGUAACAUGUCGAGCUCUGCAUAUCUAUACUUAAGCAGCAACAAUUUAUCAGGAGAGAUCCCUUCUUCAAUGCAAAAGUUGGAACACUUGAAAGAACUUUAUUUGGAAAAUAAUGUCCUUUCUGGUAAAAUCCCACCUUUUAUGUUUCUUUUAAAAGACAUAUAUUCUCUUGUUCUCUCAGGGAAUGAUUUCUCAGGACUGUUGCCGGAUAAUUUUACUGAAGGUUAUGGUAUUGGAUUACUUGCACUGUCCGAUAACAAUCUGUCUGGUCCAAUACCAAGCCCCCUGGCAAAUGGGAUUGAAUACUUCUUGGACUUAUCAGGCAACAAAUUUUCAAGCUUUCCAAAAUUUUAUUUUGAUUCAUCAUUGUAUUAUAUUAAUCUUGCCUCCAAUAAAAUCUCUGGUGAGCUUCCUAUGAUUUUUCCUGAUAUGACAGGAGUACUGAUAUUAAGCCAAAAUGAGCUUUUUGGUUCCCUGCCUCGAGAACUUGCAUACCUUGAUCGGCUCCAGUACCUUGAUCUCCAUGACAACAACUUGACAGGUGAAAUUCCUAAAAAUCUAGGAAAACUCUCUGAAUUAACUGUAUUGGACGUGAGCAACAAUAAAUUUCAUGGUCACAUUCCAAAUGGUCCUCAAAUGGAUAGAAUGAAUGAUCCAAACUCUUAUGUCAACAACAGCGGAUUGUGCGGAAUGCAAAUUCGAAUUCCUUGUGGAAAGCUACCACCUGAACAAACGCCAAUUGAGAGAAAGCAAGAGGAAAGUAAAAGUUGGAAGACAUGGUUUUCAUGGGAAAUGGCAGUGAUCGGAUAUUCUUCUGGAUUUUUAUCAACAAUUUUGGUCUUAUAUGUCAUCGGCUACUUCAAUAUUGCAUCACCAUGGAAUCGAAGACGCAAUUUCAGGCACAACAAUCAUUUUGGUUUUAGGCUCAAUAAUUGUUGCUCUUAAACAUUUGCUAUUUGGGAAUUGCAAUGAGAGUGCUGCAUCUGUUUCCUCUUCAGGCAAGAAAUCUUUUCCCCUUGUCUGAAUUUCUGUUUGUAAGAACUUUCCUUUCCUCUUCCUUUUUCUUUCUCGUUUACUUUGUCGUCUCCUGUAUGACAUUAUUAUUAUAAUAAUAUCAAAGCGUUUCUCUUA